AUGCCUGCGAUAGAGGAAACGGGAGGGGAUCUUAGCUCUCUGAGCAACGACGUACUCCUAAUAUAUUUCCCAUAUCUGGACUCGACGGGAUUUGUGGAACGAGUCACCAAGCGUUUUAAGGGUCUUGAAGUACGAUGGAUAAAAUCGAACGCGAGUCCUCUCGUUCCGCCAAGGGCCGAAGACCUUGAUGCUAAAGAUUGGGACGGUGUUACCUUGCUUGCCACAUUCAUGCCGCCUCCAGCAGAGUUCCUAUCUAAGGUUCGCUACGUACAGCUUACCACCGCGGGAAUCGAUAGAUGGCCGGUGCAUUCGACAUAUCAAGAUGAGAAGGUCACAUUUGCCACCUCCAAUGGCGUUCACGCAACGCAGAUUGCGGAAUGGGUCAUUGGUGCUUGGCUCAUGCAUCAACAUGCCUUUCUUAACUAUGCCGCAAAUAUGAAGACGGGCACUUGGCAGUCUCCCUUUACCGCGAAGGUUCAAGAUUCAACAGGCAUGAGAAUAGGCAUUCUGGGAUAUGGUGCGAUUGGGAGGCAAUGCGCACGAUUAGCUAAAACCUUGAGCAUGGAGGUUUACGCUUAUACGCGCAGCGAGCGAGCCACAUCCGAAUCGCGCAAGGACGACAGCUAUUGCAUACCAGGCACAGGGGAUCCGGACGGGCUACUGCCGACAAAGUGGUUCCACGGCUCAGCCAAGGGAGAUGUAGAUAGUUUCCUAGCGCAGGAUCUUGAUCUGUUGGUUAUCAGCCUGCCGCUGACAUCGGAAACACGGCAUAUUCUCUCGCAUGAGCAGUUCGAAAUCUUAAGCAAGAAGAAGACAUUUGUCGCAAACAUUGCGCGCGGUGGCCACAUCAACCAAGAUGCGCUUAUCAAGGCUCUAGAGACGGAUCAGAUCCGCGGCGCGGCGCUCGAUGUCACAGAUCCAGAGCCACUCCCUAGUGACCAUCCAUUAUGGAAAGCACCGAACCUGAUCAUAACCCCUCACAUUAGCUGGAAGACAGAUGCUCUCUAUGGGAGGCUGCUGGAUCUCUUGGAACUUAAUCUCGAAAGAUUAGCUUCAGGGCAGCAACCCAUCAACGUGGUAAACCGUCAGCUCCACUACUAA